AUGGGCCGACGUUUGACCACUAUCUCGCCUGGUGUACUCUCCCUAGUGGGCAUCUCAUCAUGUGAGCCAGCCAAAAUAAUCGGGUCCUGCCCCCCGACGCUGCCCGUGGACAUUUGUGACCCAACAUGUGGCACCGAGUCUCCGUGCACCAAGCCUAAGCAGUUGUGUUGUCCUACUGCCUGUGGGGGAGCCAUGUGUGUGGACGCUGUGACGCAGAGGCAUUUUGUGGACGUAGUGAAGCCAGGCCUUUGUCCAGAGCAACCACGAGGAGCUUGGGUGUGUACUGACAUGUGUACAACUGACUCCGACUGCCCACGGGCCCUCAAGUGCUGCCCCAACCGGUGUGGAGCAUACAUGUGUCAGAAACCCGACGUGGACCCAGCACAACCAGCUGCUUAG